UAAAAUAACCUCUUUUAGUACAUUAUCUGGUAAAAGAGAGAGCCCACAAUACCAAAGGAGCAAAACCGGUGUAAACAAGUCAUCACAAAACUAAAAACCCUAAUUUUGGAAUAUCAUCACAGGCAGGACUCAAUCACAGUGAAUUUUUAGGGGUAAUUCGAUGGGUGAGACUGGAAAAAGAUCGCGUAGGGAUGAUGGGGAUAACAAGAACCAGAAGAGGAGGACAGAUAGGGACGAGAAAAACGAUGAUGAGCUAAUAGUUUACAGAAUUCUGUGUCCAAAUAAUGUGAUUGGAAGUGUUAUAGGAAAGAAUGGAAAAGUUAUAAAUUCAAUUAGGUCUGAGACUAAGGCGAAGGUCAAGGUGGUGGAUCCAUUUCCAGGUGCUAAGGAUAGAGUUAUACUCGUUUAUUGCUAUGUAAAGGAAAAGGAAGAUGUUGAGGUUGAUCAGGAUUUCAAUGAGAAACAACCUCUUUGCACGGCUCAGGAUGCUCUUCUCAAGGUUUAUACGGCAAUUGCAAAUGCUUUGGCUGCAAUUGGAGAAUCUGAUAAGAAGCGGAAGGAUAAAGAGGAGUGUCAGCUUCUUGCUCCUUCAAGCCAGUCUGCUAAUAUCAUUGGUAAAUCUGGUACCACCAUAAAGAAGUUGAGAAGCAAGAUGAGGGCCAAUAUUAAAGUAGUUGCCAGAGAUGCUAGUGAUCCAACACAUUCUUGUGCACUCGAGUUUGAUAACUUUGUUCUGAUAACUGGUGACCCAGAAUCUGUUAGGAGAUCACUCUUUGCUAUUUCUGCAAUCAUGUACAAAUUCACACCUAAGGAAGAAAUUCCUCUUACUACCAAUGUUCCUGAAGUACGUCCAAGUAUUAUUAUCCCUUCAGAUGUUCCCAUAUAUCCAGGAGCUGGGAUUUAUCCAAAUGUGGAUCCUAUUAUGCCAUCUCGUUCUGUUCCAUCUGUUUUGGGUACCACACAAAUACCAGAGCUUCCGGGUUAUGUGGAUGCAGGAAGCACAUGGCCUCUUUAUUCUUCUGGUCUUCCCAUGGUUUCUGGUUACAGUGGUGCCUCUCAAACUGAGGAAUUGACUAUUAGAGUGCUGUGUCCAACUAACAAUAUUGGUCGUGUUAUUGGCAAGGGAGGAGCUUCAAUUAAAAGUGUAAGGCAAACAAGUGGUGCUCGUAUCGAGGUUUGUGAUGCCAAAGCUGAUCGUGAUCAGUGCAUUAUCACAGUCAUUUCCACUGAGUCAGUGGAUGAUCUUAAAUCCAUGGCAGUUGAAGCUGUACUUCUGCUGCAAGGGAAAAUAAAUGACGAAGAUGAGGAUACUGUAACUUUUCGUCUACUUGUUCCAUCUAAGAUUAUUGGAUGUAUCAUUGGGAAAGGUGGUUCAAUCAUUAAUGAAAUCCGGAAGAGAACUAGAGCUGAUGUACGUAUCUCAAAAGGCGAGAGGCCCAAAUGUGCGGAUUCAAAUGAUGAACUUGUUGAGGUGUCUGGAGAAGUUAGUAGUGUGAGGGACGCCCUUAUCCAGAUUGUACUGAGGCUCAGAGAUGAUGUUAUAAAAGGCCAAGAAGGUAAUCAUAAUCCAUCUGCAGCUUUACGCGCUGGUGCUACUGGUUUCUCAUUGGCUCCAGUGUUGCCCAACGUUCCUCCAGCUGCUCCUUUGAGCUUUGAACAUAGGAUUGAAACUGGGAAUGGUGUUGGAAUGCGUUCUUCAGGCAGCCGAUAUGGUCAUGAGUCGCUCUCGAUAGGGGAAGAUACCUAUGGAACGUUCUCUUCAUAUUCCUCAAAGUUAUAUGGCGGAUUGCCUCCACCCUCAGCUGUAGAGAUGGUUAUCCCAGGACAUGCAGUCGGUAAAGUUAUGGGUAAAGGUGGCUCAAACAUAGAUAAUAUUCGCAAGAUAUCUGGAGCAGCUGUGGAUAUAAUUGAUUCCAAAUCCUCUAGAGGUGAUCAGAUUGCUAUAAUAUCUGGUACGCAGGAACAGAAGCGUGCUGCUGAGAACUUAAUUCAGGCAUUCAUAAUGGCGACAUGAGCAAUAAAGACACAUCUCCUUUCUGAAGGUGCGACCUUGACUAAAUAUCGAGGUUCCUUCUUCCGAAGUUCCUCUCUAGAAUAUGGUAGGUUCUCGUGCUGGAGAGUGUCAUUUGCGUAGGUUUGAUAAAUUUCUUCUCUGUAGGAACGUUUGCAAGUAAAAUUCAUGUAGUUGGACCAUUUGUUCUGUUUUCUGCCUAUAUAGGUUCAGCCAUGUUGCCUGAUAGGCUCUUUUCAUCUGCUCUGGUUAGAACUUCGUAGGACAUUAUCUUUCCUUUGUUAGUCUGUCAUCAGUUCUUAUCAUUUGAUGAAUACCGCUUCCAACUUUCUCCUACUUUCCCAUGCUCUGUUUACUUUAUACGGAACUUUAUCUAUUAUCAGCUGUCAAGCUCAUGUUACACGGAUUUCAGUAUCUUGUUGCUGAUUCCUCUUUGCUCUUAGCUUCUUCAGUAAGAUCAGGUGUUGCUGAUAUGACCUUUGGUUCAUGUGCUCAUUCUGUGAGUUUGUAUAAGUUCUCUGCUGUGUGCAUUAGCACUACAAGAUAUAUCCUAAUAACCAGUGAGCGUCUCCAAAUUCUCAAGAUCCUCUAAAGAAGGAAAAUAUCUGGUGCUUAACUUGGGCUAAAGCAUUUACUGUUCCAUAUAAUCAUAGUUCUGCAGUUUCCGGUGCCAAUUGCUUCCAAGAUCUCUCAUUGAGUAUAUGUUUCUAUCUAAUUUGCUGCGGUCCCUUUCACCUUUAGCUAUCUUCUAUCUAUUUUUGGAAUCUUUCACUUCAUCUAUUCACUUUACUAAAAAAGAAAAGGGAAGACAAAUCUAUUUCAGUCUGACAGCCUUUUAGUUCUUUGAUUCAGAAGAGUAGAACUGAAAUUAAAUUUAGGAACAGAGAAUUAUAAGCAAAAAAGGCAAACAAUUUGUUCAAUUUACUCAUUGAUUGCCUUGUGACUAUUGUAUGCGCAUGAUAUUGAUCUGCCACCUCUUUGUGUUUUAUUUAAUUACAUCUUAAAAUAUCUUAGUACUAGCAAGAUAAUCUCUUAGAGAAAUUAAUUCCCAAGUGUUUGGACUUUUUCCAUCUAAAUCCUUCAUCAAAAGGUUCUCUCUGGAAGGGGAAAGACACUUCUGCACAUCUUUUCACUUGUUUAUGCUUUGUUAUCUCAUCUUUUCUUGGUGAAGGUCAUUGAGUCUUAGUAUAAGACAUGAGCUGUUUAGCAACUUGCUUGUUUAUUAUUUCCAAUCUAUCGACAGUCCACCAAUUAUUCUUAGCAAGUGUUAGCUAAUUGAAUCUUGUUCCCCUCCGCUCUAUUCGUGCCUUCUGUUCUAGAAAAAAUUUGGUGUUCCUCAGCAUUUUAGAGUUUCUUUAAAUCUCACACUUAUGUUUCACUGGUAAGAUAUCUCUAAUCAUAUUUGAAAGACUCUUGGUUAACACCGGACCUAAUGUACGGUUUAAGCUACAUUUCUCCGUUUAGCUCCAACCACCAUAAUGUACACUUAAUUAUGUGCUCAUGUGAGAUAUGUAGGGAUGGCAAUGGGAUGGUGUGGGGUAGGGGCGGAGCUCCACCUGCAAAAAAUUUAAUCCGCCCUGCUUUGCCCCGCAUAACAUUUUUUUCAUUUUCAACCCGCCCCGCUUACACCCCCGCCCCACAUAUUUUUUUAAAUAUUUUCUUUACUAGUUAAGUUUGAUACUAAAAAUAAAAUUCAUAAAAAUAUAUUCAUUUUAUAAUUAAGUUGUAUUGAUUUAAUAGAUAACGACUAGAAGUUUUAUUUUUUAGAGGUCAAUCGGCAAGACAUGCAAGAAAUUGUUUUAGUUUUGAUUGAACCAUUUUUACAUACUAUCUUGAAUAUUUUAGCAACUUUAAAGAAACUAUCUUAAUAGAUAAUGCUCUAUCACUCUUAUAAAAAUCACUUCAACCUUCCCCCUCAUAGCCUUAAACCCGCCCUGGCCACGUCCGCCCCGCCCAUUGCUAUCCCUAGGGAUAUGGAAAAAUUAUCUUAGGUGUCCUUUAUAAUAAUCCAUAUGUUGCUUCUUUAUACACCUUUGUAUGCUGUGAUCAUUUCUAAUAUUUUCUAGCCAACUUGUUGUCUCUUCCUGUUCAGAAUACGAACAAAUCAUUUCUGGUACAUUUGUGGACCUCUUUUCUAUUCUAUGUUUCUCUAGGUGAAUACAUAUGUAAAAAUAUCUUUUGUAGAUCCUUAUUCUGCUCCUUAUGUUUCCAUCAAUGUUCUUGGUAGAAGUAUAAACAUUGUUAAAGAACUGCCAGACACAAGUUCUAUAAACAAUGUUAUACAUCUAACAGACCAGUCCAAACUGGUUCUGUCAUCCUUGAUGUUCAUCAGUAUACUGUCACUCUUUUCCUAUGUUUCAUGGAGGACUCCUGAAUUUAACACCAUGGCAGUUCAUACAAUUUCAAAUAUCUACUUCGUUGUAUCAUACCAAUGUACUCUCACCACCUGCAUUCUACUCCUUAAUGUCAGAUUGAUUGGCUUCUACACUCUCCCUCUUCCCUUUUGCUCUCAGUCCUUUCUAAUCUCUUAAAUAUGUUGAUUUGGACAUAAUUAGUGCUUCUGUUUUAUGAUAAGAAUAGCCCUUUCUAAGAUUCUCUAUUUUGAUGAUAGAUUGAGUACUUGGAACGAACUUUUCUGUUAUGGAGUUUGACAGGAUAUUCAAUUCAACUCCGUAUUUUUUGGUCAUUGUCGAACUGAAGAUAUCUAGGUUCACCAUAGAAAAAGAGGAGAGCUCUUAAAACUCUAGUUAUUUGUAUGGUGAUAUUGAUGUUGAGGCUUCCAGGGAGAUGAUGUCCUGCUAGAACAUCUCCUGCCCAUUUCACUGGUAGGGAUCAAUUCUAAUCUUUUAUUGAAGCUUAAUUGGUUUUGGUUCUUGUUGACCUUUUGGUCUCUAGGGUUAGCAAUUAGAAGAAGUGUCAGGGAAGAGCUCUGGCUUGAAAUCGUGGUAUGCGGUCUGCCGAUGGUCAUAAUGAAUCUUCUAGCGGGAUAAUCCUUUUAAGGAAUUGGGUAGAGAUCUCUAUUCUUAGUAAGAAGUUUGUACUGACCCCUAAAGUAGUUUCGAUCUCGUUCCGGGAGUCUGCCCCAUGUCAUCUCGUUCUAGGAGUCUGCCGCAUGUCCUCUCAUUCUAGGAGUCUGCCCCAUGUCCUGUGGACUAUUUAUCCCAUGAAGUAUGUAUGAGACUUUAGGGAGCAUCGUGGACUGAGGCAUUUUGUUGAUUCAACUAGUGAUUGUUAUUUGAUUUGAUGUUUUCAUGUUUAUACAAAAAGUAAGAAGUGAUCUUUGUUCAAAGAAUUGAUAGGUAGACCAUGACAUGGAAGUGGUCUCUUUCUGUCUUUUACUUGGUGUGUAAUGUUAUGCAGUUUAAAUCUGCUCUAUA